AUGCUGCACAAAAUCUCCGUCAGCUUGGACACCAAAUACCAUAACAUGUCCCUCAAGGAGACGCUGAAGUACGAGAGGGAGUGCUCCGCGGUCGAGAAGAUUGACCUUCAGGAGGAGAUCGAGAAGCACGACGAUACCAUCGCGACGCUGACCGCCGAGAUAACCCGUCUCACCGAGGCACUCCGUGUGUCAGACGCACUGAGGAUGCCGGCGGCGCUGCCGUCGGGGAACGAGCAAGCACCGAGCGAGAGUGGCUCCGCGGAUUCGGCCAGUACGGGGGCCGGAGCCAAGAAACGGGAUGAGAAACCCCCGAAACCCCCACAGACGGUCGACGAGGCUCGUUACGAGCUCAACGUGGUGCAACUUUGGCGGGAGGCAAAGACCUCCAAGGAGCCUGGCAUGGGCGUUAAGGGGCUAGGCCCCAAGUCGGUCUCGAAGCUUCGUCUCGCCUGUGCGCUGGUGGCGCUCAACUUGAAGCCGAGCGCUUGGGACGCCGUCCUGAUUCCAGACACCUGGGAGGAGCAGAUGCCAAAGACCGUGGCCGACAUGGCCAAGCAGACCGCACCUGUGCUGCGUCCUCCGUUGGAGCAUAUGCGUGUGCGUAGUUUGAUGAUGCUGUAA